CAACACUCAAUGCCUUAACCACCCCGCUCCACCCCAUGUCGACUGUCGUCUCCGAGCCCACGCCAGCGCCCACCCGCAAACGCCGCAAGCACACGCGCAAGGCGACAGGAUGCCGCGAGUGUCGGCGCCAGCACGUUCGCUGCGCGGAGGGCGUCCUGCUGCCCUCUGGUCGGCGGGCGACGUGCAAGCGCUGCUGGCAGCUUGAUCAGCCGUGCUUCUACCCCACCAACGGUCGCGUGCGCAAGGGCGAGCUCGCGCUCGAGACGUGGGAGGAGGCCGAGGGGGUGGAUGAGUGGGUCGGCGCCGACGACGAGUCACAGGGGAUCGCGACGCCCGCGGUGGGGUCUGCUCUGGCGACUAUUACCGACGCGAACGCGAGGAAACGAAAGACAUCAGCGGCUGCAAGUUUGCCAACGCCGACUUCCUCUGUCUCCGAGGGCAUCAUCGAGCUCCCCCUCCCCGACGCCGUCAGGUCCCAAGCCCUCACCCUCAGCAGCGGCACCAGCUCGCCGCGCGACAUCGCGACCGCGGUCCGCUCACCCUGGCUCUCGACAGACCUCUGGCGCAGCGUGCUUACGCCCUCGCCCGCGAAGCCGCUCAGCACGUUCACCCUUGCGGCCCUGCACACAUCCCCGCUAGACCGGCAGGUCAUGUCCUACUUCGAGACACAGGGGUGUAACGAAAUUGUUGCGGUCUCGACGUACCAGCACAACUGGAUCUUCAAGCAGCUCUUCCCGCGAUUGUUUGGAAUCUUCAUCGAGGUGCCGGGCGCAACGGCCAGGUCGGUCGACCUUGGCAUCCGCGACUGGCUGCGCAACUCGCUCCUCCACCUCGCGUAUGUCCACCGCGGCAACGUGGAGAUGGACGAGCCCAAGUCGUGGUACUGGCGCUCCGAGGCGGGGAAGUACCGCCAGCUAGCGAGCUACUCGCUGCUCAAGGCCAAGAUCAAUUGCGAGGCGGACGAGUGGAAGACGGAGGAGUAUCUUAUUGGAUUCUUUGUGCGCUGCAUGGCAGACAUGCUCUCCUCGGGCCGGCUCGAGCUCGACUCGGAAAACACGUUCGAGCUACCGCCAGAACGGACGUCGUCCAUCUACCCUACACUUCACAACCUGCUCACAUUCUAUUCUAUCGCCAAGUUCUCGUGCACGCCAUUACCCCGCGACUCGUCCGAUGUGCCGGGACCGGUGCUCACGUUCCGCGAGGCAGGGUCCGAAUGGGCCGAGAGGUUCAUCGGAGCCUCGCACAGCAUCAUCACUAUCGGGGCACAGGCUGCGACGCUCAUUGCUCGGCGCAAGAUCCUCCUCGUGCGAGGGGAGGACAAGGCGCCUGCUGGACACAUCCUCCGCGCUGAGAUCGAGCAGCUGUUCAACUCCCUUGGCGAUGCGCGGGACUGGGAUGAGGGGAGCGUCGACUUUGGGCGCUCGGGUCGCGUGCAGCGCGGCAGUGAGGUUCUGCGACAGGGCAUCCGCACAAUGCUGUUAUGCGAGGGACUCAACGUCGAUCUCCGUGACGUACGCCUGGUAGUGUGCCGAGAGAAGGCAAUCGAGCUCGUGGCAGACUGCGACCCAUCGUCGACACCUGGCUUCCAGAUCGCAUUGACAAUCAUGGCAGUCUACUGCCUCGACCUCGCGACCCGGGAUCGCAUCCGCGAGCUAAUCAAGGUGAUGCUGUGCAUGUCCUUUGGGCCAAACUAUCGCGGGACGGACGAGAUGCUCGCCCUCUGCUGGGAGAUCGUGGACAAGAGCCCGACGAGGAGCUACAAGGAUGGGAUAGCGCCGUGGCGGGAGGCGAUGAACGCCUUGGGGAGGAACUUGUGGUUGUAGCAUUCUGUACGC